AUGGGCAAGGUUUCAAAGAAAUCAAUCAACAAAGACCGUCCUCAACCUCAGCAUUGCUUUAUCACGUGGACGGACUGGAGAGCAUUCCAACCAGAACAAAAACAGGCCGAAGGAAAGCGAGAAGAUGCCAGAUCUUCUUCUUGUAGUCAAAUCGAAGGUUGGCACCCCGAAGCCUUUGCAAACCGCUACAGAAGAUCUUCCUACCCAAGACCGCUACCACGGUCAACCACCAACAUCAACCUUUUGAAGAGCCAAAGGACGAACUCCUGGGAGAUGGAUUUUUUGAGUUCAUUGCUAUCGACCGAAAUGCCACCCCUAAUCGCGGAAGAAAAUGAAUCGAACGAGUACGAUGUCAGCAUUACACCUUCCAGCUUUGUGCACGAACUCGACCUACCUGACGGGCUAAAUGACUAUUUCAGUUCCGAUGACAGUCCGACAUCAUACGCCUCGACUCAGGAUGACGAAUUCAACCACACGGUGGAAUCCCCACCAGAGUUCAAUUUCGAGAGAUGUUUAGCCGAAGUGGAGCAAAUUGCCUGUGAGUCUAUUCGAGAUCUGUCGAAUAUGUUCGACCCUCUGGAGAAAUUCGAGGGGAAUAUCAAAACUGAAUGA